AUGUCCCAGCGCUCCGUCGUCAAGCGUGUCAUCUCCCCCGACAGCGACGCACUCUCCAAGGAGGGCAGAUCCCACCAAGAGGACAUCGAGAGUUUCACCCAUGGCACCGAGGAGGUGGAGGAGCUCACCGCUCACUACACAAAACACCCCAACGCGUGGUCCAAGUAUAGGGAGUACCUGCGGGAGCCCGCCGCUGAGUUCUUCGGUGUCAUGAUCCUCAUUAUUUUCGGCACUGGUGUCGACUGCCAGGUCGUCCUCUCCGCGAACCCCGCCGUCGCAACUCCGCACGGGGACUACCUCUCGCUCAACUUCGGCUGGGCGGUCGGCACUGCGCUCGGUGUCUGGGUUUCUGGCGGUAUUUCUGGCGGCCACAUCAACCCCGCAGUCACGAUCGCGAUGGCCACCUUGCGCGACUUCCCGUGGCGCAAGGUCCCUGCCUACAUUUUCGCGCAGGUGAUGGGUGGUCUCUGCGGCGCCGGCAUCGUCUACGCCAACUACAUCCACGCGAUCGACAUUGUUGAGGGUGGCCGCCACAUCCGCACCGUCCCCGGCACGGCUGGUCUCUUCUCGACGUAUGCACUUGACUACAUGACCUCCGUUUCGUGCUUCUUCGACGAGUUCCUUGGCACCGCUGUUCUCCUCAUCGUCGUUUGCGCGAUCAACGACACCAGGAACGGUCCCCCGCCUCCCGGCCUUGCCCCGCUCGUUCUCUUCAUCAUGAUCCUCGGUAUCGGUGCUGCUCUCGGAAUGCAGACUGGCUACGCCAUCAACCCCGCCCGUGACCUCGGUCCCCGUCUUUUGACCGCCAUGGUCGGCUACGGCAGUGCUGUGUUCACCUUCCGCAGCCAGUACUGGCUCUGGUGCCCGGUCAUCGCCCCCAUUCUCGGCGGCCUCGCCGGAGUCUUCCUCUACGACGUAUUCUUUUACCAGGGCGCGGAGAGCCUGCUGAACCGGCCCGACGCGAAGGCCCGCGCGCACCACGCCCGUGCGGCCAACGCGGAACGCAGGCCCGUCGUCGCGGGCCUCGACAGCCCCGUGUGA